UAAUGUAAAUAAAAUGUUGUGGUUGUGGGUGCGUUGCGCCGUUCGCCUUCCAGUGCGGUGAUGUGAUGAGGCGAAUCUUGGGUGGGAGAGAGACAACAGAAGAUUUACUGCGUCUGUUAUUGAUACUGCCUUUCUAGCUUGUUUCCGGAAUUGACAACAGAUUGGCGAUCCUUCUGCAAUAUAGGACGUUCCUGCUUGAUUUAUAUUUAAAUCGGUGAGGCUGCAAGGAUGAUGGUUUGAAGGGAUUCCCUCUCCAGUUGACCUCUUGACCUCUCGUCACUCAUGAUGUCCAUCCACACCCCCCCACUCUCCCGCAGUGGCUCCUCCCCUUCUUCUGUCGGCUUGGCCAAUCGCAGCAGUCCCCCUGCCGCCCCUCCCACUUCCCUCAGCCUGCGCUCCUCCUACAACCAACUCCUGGGCCAUGAUGUCAUAAAGGAGUCCCCUACCGCCAUGGAAACGGGGAGUUCCGCCACUUUACCCAAGAGUCGCCAUAGAUACGCCAUGACCAGUGUGCAUAGCGCCAUGGGACUGAGCGACACCCUCGCCCCUCAGGCCCGAAACCAGCCCCCCACCAGCGGCAGACGCCUUCCCACCAAGUCCUCUUCAUCCUCUGCUCUCUACUCCUCCUCCUCUUCCUCAUUAUUCUCCACCAACCCCAAGCUGGCAAAGAACGGUGCCAACCUGCAGAAGAAGGCCGAGACCCAGCAACAGGAGCAGAGUAAAACCACCACAGAGGUCAAAGAGCAGGAUGACAUCAUCACCCCCAUACACAGCUCUGAUUGGAUGGAGGGGGAGAACGACAACUCACAGGCCCCGCCCCCAUUCUGUCGGAGGACCAAGAGCUUUCUGGAGUUCCAUGAGAAGGAAGAGGACCCACCCAGUAUAGGAAACAAAGAGGAAGUCUCUCCUAGUGGAGGAAAUAAGGAAGAAGAUCUUCCCAGCAAGGAAGAGGAGGAAGAGGAUGAGAAGCACCCCUGCCCAGAGAAAGACCAAGGCAGCCCGAAUAAAGAGAGAGAGAGACCGGAGGAGGAGAAACAGACCCCAAAACAGGAGGAUUACAAAGAGGAAGAGGGUGCCACUCCAACUGCUACACAGCCUCUACUACAGGGGGCACACUCUCCCACCAUCUCUCCCCUAAACAAGCUCAGCUGGGCCCAAGAGAACAAGAUCCAGAGUUGCCCCCCACCCCAGGGCAGAGAGGAUGCCCUAACUCAGGCCCAGGGUCACCCACACAGCGUCGAGACGCCCCCCAAACCUCCCCGAAGUGCCCAGGCUCCCCCUCCCAGAGUGAUCAAGGUGGAACUGCACCCCAACAAUGAGAACCCGUACCUCCACCGCCCCCCCUCUGCAUCCUAUAAGCAGCCCAGGGGGGAAGAGAGCAUCCCUCUUCUGCUCCAGACCCUGCCAUCAUCCUUCAGCCCGGACCCAGAGAGAGGAGUUCCUAAACUGGGUAGUCUGGGGACGAAGGUGGAGUCUCCCCUGGAGGAUGAGGACUCCAGCUGGACAACCCUGUCCCAGGAGAGCCCCUCCCCUCAGACCCCACAAGAGAUAGCAGAUGUGUGGGGUGAGGGGGACCUUCCCCCAGGCUGGCGUGAGGUCACAGACAUAUCAGAGCUCUACUACUGGCAUGUCCCUACUGGCACCACCCAGUACGACCGCCCUGUCUCCACGACCAAUGAACAAACACACCUUGACCCACUCCCUGACUCACAGCAUGGCGACACAGUCACCCUGAGACCGCCCAGCGAGCGUCCCAACAGUUUGGUAUCAGACAGUUCAGUGGAACCUGUGCCCUCUCCCUCCUCCUCCUCUCCCUCCUCCUCCUCUCCCUCUGAUGUCACUCUGCCUGGCCAAGGCUUUGACAACACCACCUGCACUGUCAGUGAGCUGAAGGACUACCCAGUCUAUCCUGACCCCAGCCUGAAAGCUUUUGAAGGAGCUACUCUCCGUUACGCCUCACUGAGACUGCACCCUGCCCAUUUAGAUACAGUGGACCUCAACAAUGCCUGCACUGACCCAGAGGGACAGUCAUUUCCGGUGCGUUCUCUGGGCUGGGUGGAGAUGGCAGAGCGAGACCUGACAGAGGGGAGGAGCAGUGUGGCUGUCCACCAUUGUAUCAGACAGCUGUCCUACUGUAGGAGGGACAUACGAGACUCGGCAGGGGUCUGGGGAGAGGGUAAAGGCAUGCUGCUGGUGCUGCAGGACCGUGAUCUGACCCUGGUUGACCCUGACGACCGCAGCAUGCUCCACUCUCAGCCAAUCAGCAGCAUCCGUGUGUGGGGCGUCGGCCGAGACCAUGACAGAGAAAGGGACUUUGCCUAUGUGGCGAGAGACAAAAACACACGGGUGUUGAAAUGCCAUGUGUUUCGAUGUGAUACCCCUGCAGAAGCCAUAGCAACCAGUCUCCACGAAAUCUGUUCCAAGAUUAUGGCUGAGAGGAAGAGUGCCAAGGCUGCUGCCGGCAGCUCAUCCCAAACAGGCUCCGAUGUUCCUCUCCAGGAGUUUCCCGUGCCAAAGACUGAGCUGGUGCAGAAGUUCAAUGUGAACUACCUGGGGAUGACGUCUGUGUCUCGCCCCAUAGGUAAGAGAAGUAUGGACAUCAUCAACGGGGCUAUAGAGAGCCUGGUGUCCUCCACAGGAAAAGAGGACUGGACCCCUGUCAUACUGAGUGUGGCUGACGCCACCGUGGCUGUCAUCAAGGAGAAGGAAGAGGAAGAGGAAGUGAUGGUGGAGUGCCGCGUGCGUUUCCUGUCCUUCAUGGGAGUGGGCCGGGACAUCCAUACCUUUGCCUUCGUCAUGGACUCUGGGAACCAGCACUUCCAGUGCCACGUGUUCUGGUGUGACCCCAACGCUGGCAGUGUGUCUGAGGCCGUGCAGGCUGCUUGUGUGCUGCGUUAUCAGAAGUGUCUGGUGGCACGCCCCCCCUCCCAGAGAGCUGGCUCCUCCUCCCCGCCCCCCGACUCGGUGACGCGCCGGGUGACCACCAGCGUGAAGCGUGGCGUCCAGUCUCUCAUAGACACUCUGAAAACAAAGAAAACGUCCUCAGAACUGCCUCAGCAAUGACAGACAGCUCACUGACCACACCCCCUACCCCAGCCCCUGGCUCUGUAACUCACACUAUCGCCAAGACUACGACCUACAACCACGCCUAACCAAUACCAGCCAUGGUAACCAACGAUGUACAUACAUGUUAACUUAACACCACUGGGCAGACCAAAGGAGGAAUGGAUCUGGAAAU